UCUUCAAGGGCGUUAAUCAGUAAUUCAGCUGGGUUUACUUCAUCAAGACCGUUAUAUCUCUAUCCGUUUUAAAUUAAGAUCAUACAAAAUGUCUGGACGUUUGGGUAUCGGACGUUACCCGAAACCGCAGAUCCUCACGGCUGCUAAACACUACCUCACACUCGUCAAACCUCCGAAUAUCUCUGUGCAAGAAGAUCUUUCACAUGCACUGCUAGAGCACCAUCCAGACCUCUUUCAAAAGCUCGAGGAGUGUCAGCAUGAACCAAAACUCGUGCAUCGACUCGACAGACCGGUUACCGGAGUGAUGAUCAUGGGUAGAACUCCGUACGGAGUGAGAGAGCUCACCAGCGCCUUCGCUGCGGCAUCGAAGGGAAAAGAACCAAGAGUCGAGAAGCUCUACCACGCUCUUGUCAAACCCUCAAAACUUUCACGUCUCAUCACACAAGACGUCGGCAAACCGCUUUUUAUUGGCGAUGGAUACGAAGGUGAAGAAAAGGGAUCAAGAACCGAGGUCAAGAUUCUUAAACGAUACGAGAAAGAGGGCAUGAAGUCUAUGCUGCUUGAGCUGAAACCCAUUACUGGUCAUAAGCACCAGCUGCGGCGUCACUGCUCGCAGAACCUCCGGGCACCGAUCAUUGGAGACUAUUUGUACUACCUGGAUGGCAAGAAUGUCAAGCCUGGGACCAAGGAACCAGUGGGAGGUUUCAAAACACGAAAGGGCGGCAUGUUCCUUCAUUGUACCGGGCUACGAUGGAAGAUGGGUUUGAACUGGUAUGAGGAGGAAGUACUGCCGACGUGGUGGAGGGACCCGAACCAGGAAUAUCCGGAGUUGGUUAAGAAGUUGCACCGCCCGCCGCCACCAAAGGAAUCGGAGGAGCCGGUUAGCAGGCUUUGAUUUGC